AUGCCGCCCAAACCCCGCCCCACCGCCCGCGGCGACUACCUGGAGACCGAAACCGGCAACAAGGUAUCGCGCAAAGCGCAACUCUACGGCACGCAGCACGUCUUCCUCACCGGACGCGCCGUGAUCCAGCCCCUGGUAUGCAUACGCGGGGACCUGCGCCCCACCACCUCCUCCUCCUCCUCCACCGACCCAUCUUCCAAACCCACGGCACCAACCUACGCCACCUCCAUCACGAUCGGGCGCUACACGUUCCUCAGCACGGGGUGCGUGCUACGGCCGCCGUACCGGCUGCAGCAAGGCGCGAUGGUGUACUCGCCGCUGAAGAUCGGGGACCACGUGUUCGUCGGGGAAGGGUGCGUGAUCGAAGCGGCGAGUAUCGGCGACCAUGUGUAUAUAGGGAAAGGGGCGAUUGUGGGGAAGAUGGCGAUUAUCAAAGACGGGGUCAAGGUGCUGGAGGGGGCGGUGGUGCCGACGGGGAUGGUGGUGGCGAGUGGGAGUGUGGUUGGGGGCCAGCCGGGGAGGGUGGUGGGGGAUGUGGGGGACGGGUGGGGUGCGCAUGAGGGGAUGGAAGGGGGGGAUAUGAGGGAAUUGUGGAGGAGUGUGGGUUCGUGA